GGAUUUGCAUGACACUUUCUCAUGUUAAAAUGUCUCUCGUUGUCCUCCAGAACCUGGCAAGGUGGUAUCCGGCGGAGAUGUGAGGGCGAAAGUGAUGGAAGCGGCCAACCUAACGUGCCACAUAUACGGCUAUCCAUUGUCCCAAUUUACUUGGUUGAAAGGGAACGAUUCAGAGAGCAGCGAACACUUGAAGGAUCUCACCAUCGUCGCGCAAAUAAACGAGACCUAUGCCAUCUUGAUUCUAGAGUUCACGAGUCUGGCGCGCAAGGACAACGGCACGUAUGUGUGUCAAGCGAACGAUUACAAUGGGGUGGUGAGCGCCUCGACGCAUCUAUUCGUCAUCGACGUGCCGAAAGUCAGCAUAGAUUUUAUGAAGGCGGUCGGGGCCGGCAGUAUAUUUCUAAACUGGACUGUCAACGACGGUAACGAACCGAUUAAGAAAUACUUCAUCCAGCACAUGAAGAAGGGUACGGAUCAACGGCAGUACUAUGCCGAGCAGAUUGGCGGCGGUAAUUCGAGUUACGUUCUCAAGGGAUUCGAGAGCGGCACCGCGUAUCAAAUCGGCAUUAGCGCUACCAAUGCGGUAGGCGCGUCGUACAUGCAAUUAGAUCCGCGGUGGAUUACUACGCUUGAGAAAGAUCCAGUAUUUGUGCCGAAAGUUUCCGUGAAUGGUGUGACGGAAAAUUCGAUUACGAUAGGCUGGACCGUACCGCCGCCGGAUUUGAAAGAACACGUGCACUAUUAUAAUCUGAUGGCCACUCACGCUGAUCAGAAAAGAGAAGCGGUGUAUCCCGCCCAGCCAUUCACUGUGUACGCCUUCGUGGAUCUUGAUCCGGCGACUACGUACAAAUUUAAGAUAGCUGCCUGUAGCGAAUACACGAAACAAUGCGGCAAUUGGAGUGUUGAAGUGAACGGCACCACUUUGGAUGGAGUGGCCAGUCCUCCGAAGAAUCUCGUCGUUAUUUGUCGCUACAACAAUAUAAGCAGCUUCAGUUUUAUGUCCAUUACGUGGAAACCUCCCGAGAAGCCGAACGGUAUUAUACAACGCUACAAUAUACAACUGAGCGGCGUAGCGACAUUCAAAAAUGAUAUGGGACGUCUGGACAUUCAAAACUUUGAACCACCCAGUUGGAGUGUCUAUAACAGAAACAGCACACAUUACAAUAAGAUACCUCCCAAUACAAAUUAUACGGUUCGGGUGCACGGAGUGACGAGGUCUCGUACUCCUGGUAAGGACGCCAUAGGAAACUGCACGACGCCGGUCGCGAUUCCAAGUCGCGAUAACAUGAAUAUGCGUAGUUGGCGAAAGAUCGAGAGUCAGGGCAGGCAAUUGUUCAAGCUUUAUCUACCGCGCAUUUCCGAACGGAAUGGCCCGAUUUGUUGCUAUCGUGUCUACUUGGUGAAACUGCCGCCGCACAAGACAGUCGGCGAUCUGCCGCCACCUGAGGAAAUCGCGGUGUACUCCUAUCAUUAUGUGCACAAUUCGCCUACUGGUGGUGCAUAUGUUGCCGAGACGUUUGAUAGCGAUCAACUGUUGACCGAGAUCUUUCUCGGCGACGGCGAGUCGUCCAGCGGCGGUACGAUGUGCGACAAGUGUGUCGGCUUACGACCCAAAUCAGCACCACCGUUAUUGCACUUUGUUCCGGAAAUUUUGUCGACGACCACUUCAACCCCCAACAACACGAGCAGUACCGUUACGAGUACGACAACAACCACAUCGAUGCCUACGACAACUGUGAACGGUACUGGUAGCAGCACGACUCUUAGCUCAUUCACAUCAAUGACAACCACUAUUAGUACCAUCGCGAACAUUGACACAACUACGGCCGUACCUGUGAUUAUUAAUGUUACGGAAAAAAUGGAGAGACGGAAGAGAGAAGACGCACCUUUGCAAAAGGCGUCCGUGGACGGAUCUAGCGAAUUUGGCAUCUUAUCGCCUUACGACGGUUUCCUCGAUGAAACGUCAAAUUAUACCGGUUUCAUCGAAGUUAUCGUGUUCGGUAAUCAGAAGGAUGAGCUUUUACCGGCUUAUAGCAGUUACUUCAAUCCUCUUUAUGGCGGAGUAGAUCCUCUCAGCGUAACCGCCGCGGAGGCGACUACUAUCAGAGAAAUGAUAAUACAGCUCUUUAUCGCCCUAAUUUUAACUCUCACGAUUCUCUUUAUUGCGCUGUGUGUGUUAUAUAGAUUUACGAAGCGAGCACAAGAGAGGGAAGAAGUUAUAACGUUACGCAAUAGUUUCAGACAUCUUUGUAGAAGCCUGAGAGGGAGGCAUCAGCUCGUGGCGGCAAGUCCGCCGGAUAUGCCACCCAUACCAAAGAACGAGCUAUUACAGGCAUACUUGGACCGCCAUCGGGAUUCAGAUUACGGUUUCCAACACGAGUUUGAGUUGUUACCUGACCGAUUUACGGACAGAACGACGCGUGCGUCCGAAGCGCAGGAAAACCUCUAUAAAAAUCGUUAUCCAGACAUCAAGUGUUACGAUCAGACGAGAGUACGCCUAGCGCAGAUAGAUGGUAUCUGCGGUUCCGAUUACAUCAAUGCCAACUUCGUGCUGGGCUACAAAGAACGCAAAAAGUUUAUCUGCGCCCAGGGUCCGAUGGAAAACACCGUGUGCGAUUACUGGCGCAUGAUUUGGGAGCAACAUCUUGAACUGAUACUCAUGCUGACGAAUCUCGAGGAGUACUCAAAGACCAAGUGUGCCAAGUAUUGGCCUGACAAGCGCGAGACCAAGAACUUCGGCGACAUCACGGUGGAGCACGUCAAGGAGCGCGCCUAUUCAGAUUAUGUGGUGCGCGAAUUGAAGAUGACGCGAUUAGGCGAACGCGACUCCCGUGCAAUUGUGCAGUAUCACUUCCUCGUAUGGAAGGACUUUGUUGCGCCUGAGCAUCCCCACGCGAUUCUACGCUUCAUUAAACGCGUCAACGAGGCAUAUUCGCUCGAGAAGGGACCUAUCCUGGUGCACUGUAGCGCCGGUGUGGGCCGCACCGGUACACUCGUGGCGUUGGACUCGCUAUUGCAGCAACUAGCUGAGGAAGGUCAGGUGUCCAUCUUCAAUACCGUAUGCGACUUGCGACAUCAGCGUAACUUCCUCGUGCAGUCACUUAAGCAAUACAUCUUUAUUUAUCGCGCGCUCAUGGAGAUGGCGCAGUACGGUGACACGGAGAUCCCGGCAUCGCAACUCAAGACUACAGUCGCCAAACUCAGGCAACGAGACAAUGGGAAAGAGAAAUGCAGAAUGGAGGAAGAGUACGACAAAAUCAGUUCCGUUUUGGAAGAUCGGAAGUCCUUCUCCGUUGGUGGCGGAGACGAAAAUAGAUCGAAAAACAGAAGUGAAUUGGUGAUACCGUAUGAUAGAAAUCGUGUAAUACUCACCCCGGUUCCGGGAAGGGAACACUCGACGUACAUAAACGCGUCAUUUAUCGAAGGCUACGAUAAUUCCGAGUCGUUCGUGAUUACGCAAGAUCCACUGGAGAUCACCAUCACGGAUUUCUGGCGAAUGAUUUCAGAACAAUGCAUCUCUACGAUAGUUAUGUUAUCUGACUUGAACGAAGGACCACGGAAAUGUCCACGCUAUUGGCCCGACGACGAGACCGAUUACGAUCACAUAAGGGUCCGUUACAUUCACAGCGAGAGCUGUCCGUACUAUACACGUCGUGAAUUUUGCAUUUUGAACACGAAGACUGACGAGAGCGGAGUCGUGAAACAGUAUCAGUAUCAUGGUUGGCCCACGGUGGAGGGCGAAGUACCUGAGGUGACGCGCGGUCUCAUCGAGCUGGUGGAUCAGACGUUGACGAACGACACCGAGACGAGCGGCUCGCUGGUCGUGCAUUGCAGCUAUGGGUCGGACCGGAGUUCUAUGUUUGUGGCGCUUAGUAUACUGGUUCAGCAGCUGCGCACCGAAAAGCGCGUGGACAUCUUCACCACGACGAAGAAACUGCGUUCUCAGCGACACGGCAUGAUCAACACCUUUGCGCAAUAUGAAUUUCUUCAUCGUGCCAUCGUGAAUUACUCGGAUCUUCACAAUUUAGCCGAUGAUGAACCAGUAUCAUAAUGCUUGAAAAGUAGCACGAGCGAGACUAAAUUGUUCUAAAUAUCGUUUGGGCGGACAUGUGCGUGAAGAAGUUUCGUGAUGAGUGUCCGAGGAUCCACGAACGUUCGAACGAGCAUACAUCGCCCCAACCAAAGAUGAAUAAACAUCGAUAAAAUAUCAUUGCUAUCAUCGUCAUCAUUACUAUCAUCAUCGUCAUCAAGAUAAUCGGAUCGAGAUGCACAACGCGGAUUUAGAAACUACUUGUACAUAAUAUAUCCGCAGAUUUUACAUGUGUUGAUCAUAAGCUAACUGUGGGAGAACAGCAUUGACUGGAAAUUAACUAAAAAUCGACUCGUCGUGGUAUUAUUACGUGGAUUUCCGACAUCGUUGGUGAAAGAAUCACAAAGUGCAGUGCGUGACAUUGUCACUGAAACCGUUGCAGAAGCUUAUUUUUAUCGGUAAUUUAAUGAUCAAGCCAGAACGUAAUAUAUCCACUAUGCGACAAAGUUUUAAUAUCGAAAUCCGACGUCGAGCGUAUAGGAAUGCUCGUGUCGGUGCUCUCCGUAUGACUGUACAGCGAAGGACUUACGCAAGAAGGGACGAGUGUACCCUUGUAUAGGUAUGAUAUAUAUAUAUAUUCAUUCUUCUGACAAGUAUAUGAGGCGCGGGUUAUGACUCAGAACCGCUUCGCUCUUGCGAAUCGCAAUUAAAGCUGAAUGUAACGAAGGGAUUUCGACACCACGAUUUCUCGCACAACCCGUGAAUCAAUCACGAAGAUUUCUUCGAGGUUCCCAUUAAUGUUAUCUUGGCGUUUGUUGUAGAACGUUUCCGUUUCGAAACGACUGAAACGAAGAUGAAAUAAAUUAUCUUCGUCUAUGGCUUCGCCUCGGGAAGAAGCGUUUCCUGCAACGACGCGAGACAUCGCUCUUUUAUGAUCUGUCAUAAUGAUAAUAUUAGUGAUUAUGCGCGCAUUGCGUAUAUUUAUAUGUUUUUCAACAUUAUAUACGCGUUAAUAUCUCUCACGACGUAUUACGUGUAUCUCUUACGCGUGCGCUAAUUUCUCUUCUAAAA